GCUGUGAAGAUACGUGGCGGAAGUAAGGAGUCCUUCCUGGGUGAGAGCCGGUAAGAUGGCGGCGGACACGCAGGCACAGGAUGCUUUGAAGAAAUUUGCAGCAAAAGUCACAACAGCCAGUGUGAAGGAACGCAGACACGUCCUCAAUGAGCUGAAAUCCUGCAUCACAGGAAAAGAGCUUCCAGAACCAGCAGUGAAAGGUCUCUGCAAGUUAUUCUGUCUAACAUUGCAUCGUUAUCGAGAUGCAGCGUCCCGCAGAGCUCUUCAGUCUGUUCUCCAGCAGUUGGUGGAAUCUCAGCCAGAUGUUACUGUUAAGAAUUUGUUGCAGUCAUUACAGUCUUUUGGUGUUGGGACAAAAAACGUAGAGCCCAGUAAGUGCAGUGGUUCCGCUGCAGCACUAGCCUUCUCUUGGACGUGUGUUGUAACAAGAGUUGUGUUCUCAAUGCCAGACAAACGGCAAGGCGAAACAUGGAAGAAGUUGGUGGAGUGUCAGUCUUUCCUUCUGAUGGAGAUAUUAGGAGGAUCACACAGGCAUGCUGUGCUUGGGUCUUCGAAGAAGAUGACUUCACUGUGGAAAGAGAAUCCUGGUCUUGUGGAACAAUACCUGGACACCAUAUUUAGUCUGGAGUCAAGCCAGGCAUUUGCUGGUAUGCUUGGCCUCUCUGUGCAGUUUUGCACAAAACACAGAUAUGUGGAAAUGCUCAAUACAUACAAGAACAACCUUCUUGAAUUCUAUGUGAAGAACGUGCUCAUGAGUAAAGGAAAACCUCAGAAAUACCUACUGGAGAGUUGUAUCCCACUGAUACAACAUUUUUCCCAUUCAGAGUUUAAGGAUCAGAUUUUACCCGUGUUGCAAAAAUCUCUUCUCCGCAGCCCAGAAAAUGUGAUUGAAACAAUUUCAUCUCUGUUUGCCUCUGUAACACUUGAUCUAAGCCAGUACGCCCUUGACCUUGGAAAAGGUCUUGCAGGUCAGCUAAAAUCAAACAACUCAAACCUUAUGGAUGGAGCUGUAGUUGCUUUGCAGAACCUGGCACAUCAGUGUAGUGACUCAACUGCAGUUGAGGCACUUGGUAAACACUUGCUUGCCAUCUUAGGAGGUUCAGAGGGCAAACUGACAGCUGUGGCUCAGAAAAUGAGUGUCCUCUCCGGCAUUGGUUGUCUUAGUCACCAUGCUGUUUCUGGAAGCUCCAGCCAAGAGCUCAGUAGGAUCAUUUCAGAAAUGUUUAUUCCUUUCCUCCAGCAGGAAGUUCAUGAAGGAACUCUAAUACAUGCUGUGUCGGUGCUUGCUCUGUGGUGUCAAAGGUUUACAACUGAGGUCCCCAAGAAGCUAAUAGAAUGGUUUCAAAAAGCCUUUGUUCUAAAGACUAGCACAUCUGGAGUAAGACAUUCCUAUUUGCAGUGUAUGCUGGUGACAUUCAAAGGUGAUACACUACUGCAGGCUUUAGCGUUAUUACCCACACUCAUUCAAACUGUGGAGAAGACCACGUCACAAACAACACAAAUAUUUAUGUUGGCAGAAGCUCUGGCAGCCGCUGUCCUGAUAUGCAGAAUUUCAGUAGCAGAACCUCAGACUGAGGCAAAACUUGGCACCUUCUGGCAAAUACUGGGGGAUGAGAAGAAACAGAUUUUUACCUCAGAGAAAUUUAUUUCUUCAGCUUCAGAAGACUCUCUUUGCAUAUUGCUACAGCUGAUUGAGAGACUCCUCCUUGAUCAUGCGCAUUGGAUACCCGACAGCAAAGCAUUCCCUUAUUAUCGUGCUCUGGUCAGUAUCCUGCUGAAUCGCUCAUGGAAAGUACGUAAACAGGCCCAGCAGACGGUCAAAAAGCUUCUGGCAUCCCUUGGGGGACCAAAGCUAGUGUAUGGUCUUUUGGCAGAAUUAAAAGUUGUACUGAAUGCAAACAAGAAUUUAAUAUCAGUGGAUACUACUCAUACGGAGUCUGAAGAAGGGGCAGAAUUAGGGAAGUCUCAUCUAUUUCCACGGUUCCUUCAAGAAGCGUUAUAUGUGCUCAUCUCUUUGCCUGGGUUGGAGGUUGACUUAGUGGAAGCAGAAAAGCUCGCUCUUGAGUUAUUGAUUCUGGCAAAUCAUCCAUCCGUGGGCACUGUAUAUGCUGACCUUUGGGUAGAUCUUUUACAUAAGAUGAAGAUUGAACCAGCUGAAUUCAUUGACAAACACUUUGAUGAUAUUAUUCCUAUAAUCAUGCCACAGGCUGCUGCAGACCAGGCAUCUCUUAAUGCUGCUGGUUUGCUGUCUCGUCUUUCUCCUGGUAAAGUUCUGCCGCGACUGAUUGGAAUCAUUACUGAAUCCCUGGAAAACCCAGCUCUCGGUCUCGUUACUCGUGAAGAAUUUGCCAUAAUGCAAACACCCGAGGGGGAGCUGUAUGAUAAAUCUAUUAUAUUAAGUGCUCAACAAGAUAGUUUGAAAAAAGCCAACAUGAAGCGAGAGAAUAAGGCAUAUUCAUUUAAAGAGCAGAUCAUUGAACUGGAACUAAAAGAGGAGAUAAAGAAGAAGAAAGGAAUAAAAGAAGAAUUGCAACUAACAAGCAAACAGAAGGAAUUGGUUCAAGUACAACUGGAGAAAGAGAGCCAGAUACGCAAGAGACUGCUCCAGAUGGACAUGGACUUGGAUAACAUUACAAAGCUUUUGUCAUGCAUUGUACAGCAAAGACCAUCUAGUCUAUCUUAUCAUAUCCCGACUCUGAUCAGCUGCUUCCUACCACUGUUAAAGUCUCCGUUAGCUGCACCUCGAAUUCAGGAACUUUAUGUUACACUCGCUGGAUGUGUUAUGCCAGCUCACUUGAAAACAUUUGGGUCUUUGGUUGCUCACAUAACCCUCCGUAUGUUAAACCCAGAAUGUAAUAUAGAUGCUGCUUGGUGUCAAGAAGAACUACCAGUGGCUGUUAAGAGAGCCGUGACUCUCUUACAUUCAUACACAGUCCCUAAACGUAAAGAGGACCCAGAUGUUUCUUCCUUGUCAGCACCAGCAUUCUCCUUUGUCUUCCCACUCAUAAAAAUGGUUCUGAUGGAAACGACCAACGAUUGUGAAGAAAAGGAGGAACUUCUGAUUAAAUCUCUGCAGAUCCUUACCGUACAUUCGCAACUGAGAGCCUCAAAGAAUGAAACUGAACUUCUUGAUGAGAAUGGGCCAGAGUUGCUUCCUCGCACAGAUAUGCUUCUCCUUCUAACAAGAAUAAUCGGGACAGCUUCCCCAAGAUUACAAGUUCUAGCAUCUAACACACUGACAACAUUAUGUACAAGCUGUGGGGGAGGUGAAGGGUGUACCUAUGCCGAACAGGACGAGAUUGAUGUUUUACUUCAGGCUUUACAGUCCUCCUGCUCAAAUGUGCGAGAUGCCUCUCUACGGGGACUGGUGGAGCUUGAGCUGGUUUUACCGACUCCAGACAGUGAUGAGAAGAAUGGGUUGAAGUUGCUGCACAGACUCUGGGUGAUGAAGUUUGAUGUGGAAGAAGAAAUAAAAGCACAAGGUGAAAGAUUUUGGGAGUCCAUGGGCUUGGAGUUACAGCCUGAACUCUGCUCGCUGCUGAUUGAUGAUGUUAUUUAUCACGAGGAAGCAGUGAGACAGGCUGGAGCAGAGGCCUUGUCUCAUGCAGUAGAGGAAUAUUGUGAUCAGGCCACUGAGGUCAUGAAGAAACUGAUUGGAUUAUAUCACGAUAAGCUCUACCGUCCACCUCCUAUUCUAGAUGCUUUAGGUCGAGUUAUUUCCGAGUCUCCUCCUGAUCAGUUUGAAGCUAGGUGCGGCAUAGCUCUGGCACUGAACAAGCUGGCUCAGUAUUUAGACAGCGCUGAGGUCACUCCACUCUUCCAGUUCUUUGUUCCUGAUGCACUUAACGAUCGAAACCCUGAAGUCAGAAAAUGUAUGUUAGAUGCUGCUUUGUCUGCACUAAAUACACAUGGAAAGGAGAGUGUAAAUUCCUUAUUACCAGUGUUUGAAGAAUUCUUAAAGAAUGCACCAAAUGAUGCCAAUUAUGAUGCAGUCAGACAAAGUGUCGUCAUUCUUAUGGGAUCGUUGGCAAAACACUUGGACAAAAGCGAUCCGAAGGUUAAACCAAUUGUUGCCAAACUGAUUGCUGCGCUCUCUACUCCAUCGCAGCAGGUUCAAGAAUCGGUAGCUGGCUGCCUGCCACCUCUUGUGCCAGCCAUUAAAGAAGAUGCCGGUGGAAUGAUUCAGAAGCUCUUGGCCCUCCUUCUGGAAUCUGAUAAGUACGCAGAGCGUAAAGGCGCAGCAUAUGGUUUGGCAGGGCUGGUUAAAGGCUUAGGAAUCCUGUCCCUGAAGCAGCAGGAUAUGAUGACCACGCUUACUGAAGCCAUACAAGACAAAAAGAAUUUCCGACGCAGGGAGGGUGCUCUGUUUGCAUUUGAGAUGCUAUGUAACAUGCUCGGAAAGCUUUUUGAGCCCUAUGUGGUCCAUGUCUUACCUCACCUUCUGCUGUGCUUUGGAGAUGGCAAUCAGUAUGUGAGAGAGGCAGCAGAUGAAUGUGCCAAAGCAGUUAUGAGUAAUUUGAGUGCCCACGGAGUGAAGCUUGUUCUUCCAUCAUUGCUGGUAGCUCUAGAAGAGGAAUCUUGGAGAACCAAAGCUGGAUCCAUUGAAUUAUUGGGUGCCAUGGCUUACUGUGCCCCAAAACAGCUGUCCUCUUGUCUCCCAAAUAUCGUGCCUAAGCUCACUGAAGUACUGACGGACUCCCAUGUGAAAGUUCAGAAAGCUGGCCAACAGGCGCUACGCCAAAUUGGUGCAGUAAUCCGCAAUCCAGAGAUCUUGGCAAUCUCUCCCAUUUUGCUGGAUGCUCUUACGGACCCAUCAAGAAUGACACAGAAGUGUCUGCAAACGCUGCUGGACACAAAGUUUGUGCAUUUCAUAGAUGCUCCCUCUCUAGCCUUAAUCAUGCCCAUUGUGCAAAGGGCAUUCCAGGACCGGUCCACUGAUACUAGGAAAAUGGCUGCUCAGAUUAUUGGAAACAUGUACUCCCUCACAGACCAAAAGGACCUGGCCCCUUACCUUCCAAGUGUCGUGCCUGGACUUAAAGCUUCACUGACAGACCCUGUUCCUGAAGUGCGGACGGUAUCUGCAAAGGCUCUGGGGGCCAUGGUAAAGGGGACAGGAGAAUCCUGCUUCCAGGACUUAUUGCCAUGGCUUAUGGACACAUUGGCCUCUGACUGUAGCUCUGUGGAUCGGUCUGGCGCUGCUCAAGGUCUGUCUGAAGUUAUGGCUGGGUUAGGAGUUGAGAAACUGGAUAAACUCAUGCCAGAAAUUGUAGCAACCGCAAGUAAAGUGGAUAUUGCUCCUAACGUCCGUGACGGUUAUAUUAUGAUGUUCAUUUAUCUGCCAAUCACCUUUGGUGACAAAUUUACUCCUUAUGUUGGACCCAUAAUUCCCUGCAUUCUAAAAGCCCUAGCAGAUGAAAAUGAGUUUGUAAGAGAUACAGCACUACGUGCAGGGCAAAGGAUAAUCACCAUGUAUGCAGAGACUGCCAUUGCACUUCUUCUACCACAGCUUGAGCAAGGCCUGUUUGAUGAUCUUUGGAGAAUACGGUUUAGCUCUGUGCAGCUCCUUGGAGAUCUGCUGUUCCAUAUUUCCGGGGUCACCGGAAAAAUGACAACAGAAACCGCUUCUGAAGAUGACAACUUUGGAACUCAACAGUCCACCAAGGCGAUCAUAUCUGCUCUGGGUCCCGAGAGAAGGAACAGAGUGUUAGCCGGUCUGUACAUGGGACGCUCAGACACACAGCUCAUGGUGCGACAGGCUUCUCUGCAUGUUUGGAAGAUUGUGGUUUCAAACACUCCUCGCACGCUGAGAGAAAUUCUGCCGACUCUGUUUGCUCUACUUUUGGGCUUCCUGGCCAGCACUUGUUCAGAUAAGAGGAUAAUUGCUGCAAGAACACUUGGAGACCUUGUCAGGAAACUUGGGGAGAAAAUCCUCCCUGAAAUCAUUCCGAUUUUGGAAGAAAGUUUGAGAUCUGAUAAAAGUGAUGAAAGGCAGGGUGUGUGCAUUGGCCUUAGUGAAAUCAUGAAAUCGACAAGUCGAGAUGCGGUUCUCUUUUUCUCAGAGUCUCUUGUUCCCACUGUGAGGAAGGCCCUGUGUGACCCCCUAGAGGAAGUCAGAGAAGCUGCAGCCAAAACCUUUGAACAGCUGCAUUCUACUGUUGGGUACCAGGCUCUUGAAGACAUUCUGCCUUUCCUUCUUCUGCAGUUGGAUGAUGAAGAAAUGUCAGAAUUUGCCCUUGAUGGGCUGAAGCAAGUUAUGGCAGUGAAGAGUCGAGUUGUGCUUCCUUAUCUGGUGCCUAAGCUGAUCAUCCCUCCUGUAAACACCCGUGUUCUGGCCUUCCUUUCAUCAGUAGCUGGGGAUGCUCUGACUAGACACUUGAAUGUUAUCCUUCCCGCUGUCAUGUCUGCUUUGAAAGCACAUUUAGGAACAGAUGAUGAGCAGGCGGAGCUGGCAAAUUGCCAGGCUGUCAUCCUGUCCGUGGAAGAUGAUGUUGGUCAGAGAAUUGUGAUUGAGGAUUUGCUGGAUGCCACUCGCAGUCCUGAUGUAGGCAUGCGACAGGCAGCUGCAAUUAUACUGAAUAUGUACUGUGCAAAGACAAAGGCUGAUUACACCCCACAUCUAAGGAGCCUGGUUUCUGGACUGCUUCGACUCUUCAACGACAAUAAUAGUGUCGUUCUAAAUGAAAGCUGGGAUGCCCUUAAUUCCAUUACCAAAAAACUGGAUGCUGGAAGCCAGUUGAUGUUGAUUGAUGACUUGCACAGAGAUGUCCGUAUGGUGGGGAAUGACGCGAAAGGAGAGCAUGUUCCUGGGUUCUGUAUUCCAAAGAAGGGGGUGACCUCAAUUUUGCCAGUACUGAGGGAAGGAGUACUUACAGGGAGUCCGGAACAGAAAGAAGAGGCAGCUAAAGCUUUAGGUCUGGUGAUUCAGUUAACGUCUGCCGAAGCUUUAAAGCCUUCAGUAAUUAAUAUCACAGGACCUUUAAUCCGUAUACUGGGAGACCGCUUCAAUUGGACUGUGAAAGUGGCCCUGCUUGAAACCCUGAGCCUCCUCCUAGGAAAGGUUCAUAUUGCUUUAAAACCUUUCCUUCCACAACUACAAACCACAUUUACCAAAGCCCUGCAGGAUUCCAACCGCGCUGUACGACUAAAGGCAGCCGAUGCCUUGGGUAAACUCAUCGUUAUUCACACUAAAGUUGACCCACUCUUCACAGAAUUGCUGAACAAUAUCCGCACGUGCGAAGAUUCUGGAAUCAGGGAAACCAUGCUUCAAGCUGUUAGAUUCCUUAUUCAGGGUGGAGGAGGAAAGAUGGACGCAACAAUUCGGAAGAAUUUUGUCACGUUGUUGAUUCAGAUGCUGGGACAUGAUGAGGAUGCUACACGCAUGGCUUCUGCUGGCUGCCUUGGGGAACUCUGUGCCUGUCUUCCUGAAGAAGAACUCAAUGCACUCCUAGAGCUGCAUCUGCUGGCUGAUUUUACCGGAAUCGACUGGAUGGUCAGGCAUGGGAGAAGCUUGGCACUCUCGGUAGCUAUAAAUGUGGCCUCCACCAAGUUCUGCACUCCCAAGUUUUCCAGUAGUCUUGAGUCUGUGGUAAUCAGCCAUGCUACAGCAGACAGGAUCCCAAUAGCUAUGAGUGGAAUAAGAGCGUUGGGAUAUCUGAUGAAAUAUUACAUUGAGGCAGAAGGUGGGACUCUACCUCCAAAACUGACAACUCUCCUUAUAAAGUGUCUCCAGAAUCCAUCAAGUGAUAUCAAACUUGUGGCUGAGAAGAUGAUCUGGUGGGCAAACAAAGAUCAUUUGCCACCAAUGGACCCACAGACCAUCAAACCACUACUGAAGGCGCUUUUAGACAAUACAAAGGACAAAAAUACAAGUGUUCGAGCGUACAGUGAUCAGGCUAUAGUGAACCUUUUAAAAAUGAGGACUAACAAUGACCUCUUUCAGAGUAUUACGAAGAUACUGGAUACGGCUAGUAUAGAGAUGUUGAAUGAAAGCUGCCGUCGCUCUCUAAAGAAGCUUGCAUCCCAGGCUGAUUCCAGCGAACAGAUUGAUGAAACUAUUUUGACGUGAUAAGGAACCUUUGCUGACAAUUCACCUCUGAUCAUCGAUGGUUUUUGCUUUUGAAAAUGCACUAAUUGGGUAGUGCAUUACAGUCUGAAAGAUAGUUUUCUUUGGGUUUUAAAUUAAAAAAAAAAAAUCUGUUAGUCAAUUUCUAUAAAUCUUGCUCAGAAACACCUAAAACGUUUCCUCUGUGUAUCAUGAGUUAUUUUUUUUUCUCUCCAAAUUCACAUACCAAGUAAAAUAUCUUAGGAAAAUGAAUGAUAUACUAAAAACAAGCUGCUUAUGAUCAACAAUUCAACAAUAAAAAAACAACAACCCUACCAACUCAA